UCUUUGAUUUCGCAUGCGAUGGUGUAAAAAAAAUCAUAAAAGCCAAAUAAAUCAAUUAUUUCUGCGUGCCGCUUCCAUUGGAUAUUGGAUAUAGGAUAGCCGUGAUCAAGGUCAACUGUAGGGUCCAAUUGUCCAGCAGAACAACACGAGCGAAAUGAGUGAAUACACGAGAAUUCUGCAGCGCGAGUUCCCAGCGAUAGACUCGGAAUUGGUUUCCUACGUUAUUGGUGUGCUGGCCGGCAGCGUGGAAGAUUUCGAAACGUGCGAUGACAUCUUCGAGGCCGUGGGCGACAUUCUCCAAAGUGUGGCCGGCGACCGGCCGGAGGAGAGUAUACGGGACAUAUGCGAGGAGUUCUUCAACAUAAUGAAGAACAAUACCACAAAUGUGGAGCGCAAGGUGCUGAGCCCCGUAAACAUAGAGGAGAUGGCCAAGAACAUGGAGCGCAUGGACAUGGAUCUGCAGAGCAUAUGGGUGGUCAACAAGGAUGGGGCCAAUAAAGUGGACUCGAAGAAGCUGGAGAAGGCGGAGGCGAAGCUUCAACAGAAGCAGGAGAAGCGGCAGGAGGUGAACAAGCAUGGCAUGAUUCCCGUGGCAGUGAAACUGCAAACGGCCACCGCCUCCCAGGUGACCAACAAGAAGAACACCAAAUUGGAUCAGAAGGGCCUGAAUCGGUCCAUGGACAUUAAAAUUGAGAACUUUGAUCUGGCCUUUGGUGAAAAAGUUCUCCUGCAAAAUGCGAAUCUGCUGCUGUCCUUUGGGCGCCGCUAUGGGCUGGUUGGACGCAAUGGUCUGGGCAAGACAACCAUGCUGAGGAUGAUUGCAGAGCGACAGUUGCAGAUCCCUUCACACAUCUCAGUGCUCCAUGUGGAGCAGGAGGUGGUGGGCGACGAUACGACAGCCGUUGAGAGUGUGCUGGAGUGCGACACUGAAAGAACGCGGCUGCUGACAAGAGAAAAGGAAAUUCUGGCUGCCCUAAACAAUGGCGUGCAGGAUGCGACGCUGUCCAAUGAGCUGAGCGAGACGUAUGCUGCCCUGCAGAACAUCGAGGCAGACAAGGCGGUGGCCCGUGCAUCUGUGAUACUCAAGGGUCUUGGCUUCGACGCUGACAUGCAACUGCGGCCCACCAAAUCAUUCUCCGGUGGCUGGCGCAUGCGCUUGGCCCUCGCUCGUGCACUCUUCUCCAAGCCGGAUCUGCUGUUGCUCGAUGAGCCGACAAACAUGUUGGACAUCAAGGCCAUCAUUUGGCUGGAGAAUUAUCUGCAAUCGUGGCCCACUACGAUCUUGGUUGUAUCUCACGACCGCAACUUCCUGGACGUAGUACCCACGGACAUUGUACAUCUACAUUCCCAGGAACUGGAGGCAUACAAGGGCAAUUAUGAGCAAUUCGAGAAGACCAAAACGGAGAAGCUUAAGGCACAGAGGCGCGAAUACGAGGCUCAAAUGGCUCACAGAUCUCAUGUUCAGGAGUUUAUUGAUCGUUUCCGUUACAAUGCCAAUCGUGCCUCAUCUGUACAAUCCAAAAUCAAGAUGCUGGAGAAGCUGCCCGAACUCAAGCCCGUGGAGAAGGAAACGGUCGUCACGCUCAAGUUCCCCGAAGUGGAGCCACUAAAUCCGCCCGUCCUGGCCAUCUCUGAGGUCUCCUUCCGCUACAAUCCCGAAGAUCCGUUGCCCAUUUUCAAGGGUGUUAAUCUGUCUGCCACCUCGGACUCGCGCAUCUGCAUUGUGGGCGAGAACGGAGCGGGUAAAUCCACGCUGCUCAAGAUCAUUGUCGGCCAACUGAGCACCAUUUACGGCAACAUUGUCCUGCAUCGUGGCCUGCGCAUUGGCUACUUUGCCCAGCACCAUGUGGAUCAUCUGAACAUGAAUGUGACGUGUGUUGGCGUCCUGGCUGAACUGUUUCCGGGUCGUCCCGAUGAGGAGUAUCGCCGGCAGCUGGGUAGCUUUGGUUUAUCCGGACCCCUGGCACUGCAGAGCAUUGCCAGCUUGUCUGGUGGACAAAAAUCACGUGUGGCCUUAGCUAAGAUGUGCAUGGCGGAACCCAAUUUCUUGGUACUCGAUGAGCCUACAAAUCACUUGGACAUUGAGACAAUUGAUGCUUUGGGCAAGGCCAUCAAUGCCUUCAAGGGCGGCGUCAUCUUGGUUUCCCACGACGAGCGUCUCAUCAAAGUCGUUUGCAAGGAGCUCUGGGUGUGCGGCAAUCGCACGGUUCGCGCCAUCGAAGGUGGCCUGGAUGAAUACAAGCGUGAGGUCUACAAGGAAAUUGAAGCGAAUAGUUGAAUUGUUGUAUUUUAUUACCCAAUGAAUUUGUGAACUAAAUUCUAGCACUAAAUUUAUAACAACAUGUCCGUGACAAAGAAAACACUUCGGAAAUGGUUUAACAAUGUUUCCAAAGAUAA